GAGACAGAAACAUCAAUGACAAGAAUCAUUGAUCUGCUGCCUCCUGCACACCCCCUACUGAGGAUUGAGUCUGCAACCCGGAUGCGAAAGCUGACAAACGUGCCUGCAGGGCUGAUAUUUGCAUCUAUAAGUGUGCAUGCAGCCAAAGAAGAGGAAUCCAAAAAGCAGCUAAUGAAACCAGAGCAGCUCCCUAUAUAUACUUCACCACCUCUUCAAUCUAAAUAUGUUGAAGAGCAGCCUGGUAAUUUACAAAUGGGCUUUGCCUCCAUCCGCACUACACCUGGUUGUUAUAUUGGCUGGUGCAAGGGUGUGUAUGUCUUUGUGAAAAAUGGGAUAAUUGAUGCAGUUCAAUUUGGAAAAGAUGCAUAUGUUUAUCUGAAGGAUCCACCACGAGAUUUUCUUCCGAAAAUUGGAGUGAUUACAGUUUCAGGAUUAGCAGGCUUGGUUUCAGCAAGAAAGGGUUCUAGAUUUAAGAAAAUUGCUUAUCCAUUGGGAUUGGCCGCUUUAGGAGCAACUGUUUGUUACCCAGUUCAGUCCGUAAUAAUUGCAAAGGUCACCGGGAAAAAGGCAUAUGCUACAAGUCAGAAAAUGCCUGAAGCGGUUAAAUCAUUGUGGACAAAAGACAACAAAAAAGAGUCACUUCCUGAACCUAAAGAAAAAAUUAAGCUAGAAAACUCUGCUGAAAUAGAAAUACCUGCAAAAACAGCUCAUGACCAGAAGCACUCAGUGGGUUUGCCAACAGAACUCAGAUCUGAAAUGAAGACAAAAUCAGAAUUCACCUCAGGUGCUACACAGUUUACGCCUGACCCCAAGCUCAUGGAUCAUGGACAGUCCCAUCCAGAAGAUGUAGAUAUGUACAGCACUAGAAGCUGAAAUAGUCUACAUAAACAAUUACAAGAUGUGAAGUUCCAAAUGAUAAUGAAAGAAAUGUAAUGGGUAAUUGUGAUGCAUAGAGCAUAACUUAAAGCAAAUUUAUCCCAUACAUCUUCUAAUGUAUGGUUUGACCAAUCAAGUAAGUGAUUAAAACACAAACAGAAAAUACAAUCGAAACAAUAUUAAAUGAUUGGUGAAGAGGCAGAGGUAGUAGUAUUAAGAUGCAUUUGAUGACUUAAGGGUGUUUAUAAACAAAA